AUGUCUAUCUCUUCCGGAAGUUACGAUGAAGAACAAGUGGAUGAGGUUCUAAGAGGGAAUACAACGGGCCAAAUGAGACUCCCUUUAGCACGUGAGAGUCCGGUUAUAGAUGUAGUGAUUGAACAGUCAACGAGCUGUCUCUCUGGAUUUUGGCGCCGCCCUCAUCGUUAUUGGUCGUCGCCGACCCUCUUUAAAUGGUCGACUUCAUUGUCUCAACAAAGAUAUUUCGCACUGAGAAGGGUCGUCGCUGGUGGAGGACUCAUACUUUGUAGCUGUCGGACUCUGCUCGGGAUUUCAGGAAGCAUCCGUCAAACCUGUUCUGUGGGAGAAGCUAGAAAGGUUGAGUUCAUUCUCCGAAGUAAGAAGAAAGCCAAAGACGAUAUGGACCGAGUCGUUACCAUUGCCCAAAUGCAAUCCUUUAUCGAUCUUGAGCCUAAGGACCUCGACAUCCAAAUGAUUGAUUUCUCCCCCAAUACCAAUCAACCACUUCGGAGACGACGCUUGGACCGGGGGAAACGGUACAAAUCGGGUUCCAACCCAAAAAUUCCGAAUGUCAACUUCUGGCCGCCCCAUGUGGUGGAUUCUUCAACAGUCCCGUUGAUGAGUUGGGAUCCGCUGGCGGAACAGGUUGCUCAGAGCUUGACUGUCGCGGAAAAGAUACAGCAUACGGCCGGGAUCUUAGUUCGUCGUAUUGCCAACGAUCUGGUUCAGCUGAGGAUCGAACACGAGGUGUGUAAGGGCAAGAUCAAUUCUUUGAAAGAAAAAGUGAAAUGGGAGAAGCUUAGAACUCAAAGGCGUAGAGAUGGAGGGUGA